UGUCUAUAAAUAGCCCUCGCAGUAACGAUUCCUCGGAAAUACAACUGGAAAUCCCGGUGACGACAUGACAUCACCGCAUACGUAGGCCUCCCAACGCUGUACGAGUACAGCGGCCCGAGGGAGCGGAUCCUGAAUCUCUGGGAGAGGGUUGAGUGACCUACAGCCGGGAUGACGUCCAAGGAAGUUCGCCGCCAUAAUGAGUCCGUGUACACUGACCUGGAGGUGGGAGACUUAGUGGAGUUAAAGCGAGGAAUGUACUCCCACUGGGCGUUGUUCAUCGGUAACAACGAGGUGAUCCAUCUUUCCGGCGAGGACGACGACGGCCUUGGCGACGUUGACAGGAAGCACAUAUUCACUAUAAGUGGAGUGACAUUCGAUAAGGCGAUCGUCCGGCGAGACAACUUCUGGGACGUUGUUGGCGACGACAUGGUCUACAAGAACAACUCCAAGGACUCCAAGUGGAAACCAUUACGUCCGUCACAGAUUGUAGAGAGGGCCUUGUCCAAGGUCGGCCGUGUCGGUUACAACCUCAUCUUCAGCAACUGUGAACAUUUUGUGUCCUGGUGCAGAUACAACAUGGAGCGAAGUGACCAGGUGGAGAGUUAUGCGACAGGCCUGGCUGUGGGUGGGGCUAUAGCGGCGGCGGUGGGGGCGGUUGUCUGGCUGGGGAGCGGCUCAAAGGACAAGACGAAGGAGAGAAAGUCAGAGAACUGAAUACUUUGACCGGAGCAUCCGAUGGCUACGUUAGAUUACUUGCAUUGAAUUGAUUGAACUGUCACUGCUGAUGAAUAAAAAACUUCGUUGCAUUCGUAAUAAAUGUGUGCUUAACACGGCUGACCAAUGAACCAUUGCUAAUUGUAAUGGAAAUACUCUGUUUGAUGUGGAUGCUUACACAUUUUCAUUGAAACUGGCGGAUAUAUAAGGUAGUUCAAAAUGAAAUAUUGGCUGUGAGUGCCCACAGUUUAAGUGAUGAAAGUCACUGUGUGUAUGAAAGUAUUCUGUUCGAAAAGUACUUUUUAUCAAACCAUUGUACCAUGGUAGAAUUUCUUAACCUUGUAAUGUGUUCCAUGUUAUUAUUAUUACGAACUGUCCAGAACCCGUGUGCGUUUGGCGGCAGUUUGCAAGGUUUUGUGUCAAAGUAUCCUUGUGAUAAUUACACCCAUGAACACUCGAAAUAAUUAGUACUCUUCCACACGAAGAUAUAUGUUCCAUUCACUGCUUUGUCACGACUCAGAUGUACCUCAUACCUCAUUGUUGUGAGAGCCAACUUACACAGCGACUGGGUGGUCAGUCACGGGGACUUGAGGUGGUGUCAACGUACAUCGUUCCCUGAGAGAAUAGGACGUUGAUGAUUCUGCCGAUAACUUGUUCAGUUAACCACGGCUAUUUUACAGACGACCGUAAUAUAGUUAGAAUAUUUAUGCAUGUUGACAUUUUGUCAAGGCAGUCUAUUAUUGCUCACCUAUGCUUUUCCAUUCACGACUUGGUUGUGUGUGAUUAUCCAAGUUCAAAUUCCAAUACGUCAGCCUUAUGUCCUUGAUUGUUAAGACAGAGAAACUCAAAUUUUAGACUUUUUAAGUGACAUUUAAAAACAUUCAAGGUGCAUGUAUAUCAAAUGUGUAUGUUAGUAAUGGUUUUGAAUGUCAUCUUUUUGUUUUUCUGUUGUAUUUGUUUGUUUGUUUGUUGGUUAACGCCGCACUCUUCCAGCUCUAUGAUGGCGGUCUGUAAAUCGAGUCUGGUUCUCUGUUGGGAAUGCGCGGCGUAACACCCGACUUAUUCGCCCACUGCUGCAAUGUAUAUACAAAUUGUGAUUGUUUGGAAGUGUUCAUCAACCUCCUCAGAUAUAUUUUUGUAGUGGUUAUUCAUUGAGAGAUGCCUCCAUACUUGUUGCAUUCUUAUGUGUUCUGGGGCGGUCGGGUAGCCUAGUGGUUUCAGCGUUAGGUUUUCACGCUGAAGACCCGGGUUCGAUUCCCGACAUGGGUACAAUGUGUGAAGCCCAUUUCUGGUGUCCCCCGCCGUGGUAUUGCUGGAAUAUUGCUAAAAUCGGUGUAAAACCAUACUCACUCACUCACUCUUAUGUGUUCUUAAUAACAUUGGAGAUGAUUAAGAAUCUGAAUAAAUAUGUUCUUAUACGUCA